CUUCCUCACUCUCUGUGCAUUAUUCCAAGCAUUUCAACUCUAUACUUCCUCUUGCUGGGUUUUCUAUUGUGGUAACUAGAUUUUCGCUGUUGGAGCUGCUGAAUGAUGAACUUGAAUUCUUUGCAAUCCCAAUUCCUAUUCUCGAAAUUUAUUCAUAAUUCUUUGCUUAUGUGUUCAAGUGUAUUGUGUAACUUGUAAUGUGCAAAUGGAUGAAGAAAAUGGGAUGAUAGAAACAUUAACAAGAGGAGAAUCAAGUAUAUGUGAGGCUGGCAAUGUUGAAGAACCAAGUGAGGGUAUGCUGUUUGAAUCAGAAGAAGCUGCAAGAGGAUUCUAUGAUGAUUAUGCCAGACAAACAGGAUUUGUGACCCGUGUUUUGUCAUCCCGAAAGUCUGAGCGUGAUGGGUCAAUAAUCUCCCGUGGCCUUGGGUGUAGAGGGUUUUCUGAUAAUCAAACAAAAGUUCAAGAGCAGAAGAAGCACCGGCGACGAGAAGCUUGCACAGCGAUGAUUCUGUUAAAAAGAGAUAAGACUGGAAGAUGGGUUGUUAGGAAAUUUGUGAGGGACCAUAUUCAUCCACUGGUGGUUCAACUGCAAACGAGUCGCCGUACACUUGAUGAGAAAGAUAAGAAAAUACAGGAAUUAUCUGCUGAACUACGAAUGAAGAAGCGGUUAAGUGCAACAUAUAGAGAGCAACUGCUUGCAUUUAUGAAGGAUGUUGAAGAACAUAAUGGACACCUUUCAACAAAAGUUCAGUUAAUUUAUGACAAUUUAAGAGAGCUUGAAACUAAAACGAAGGAGAUUUUACACCAUAGAUAGCUUCUAUAAAUAAAUACCAGGCUUUUGGGGAAGUGCUGGAGAGGAUCUGAGUGCACUGGGAUACUUGUGCUAAUAGUUAUUUUAAUCCAUGUAAAAAGUUGUUUUUAAAGAGAUUAGUACAGAGUUUUGUGACAUAAGUGCUAACUGUGUAAAUUUAAAUGGUAAGUUUGAUAAGCUUUUUAACUUUUAUGAUAGGAUGCUUUUAUAUCAAAGCCUAUUUUAGACCAAUUGUUUGUUA